AUGCUUCCAAAGCCUGAUGCAGAUUAUUCUCCAGCACCACUGAACCUGCAAGCACUCCCCAAGCCAGCAAGACUUGCUCUUCGCUGUCAAAAUGUUGCAAAUUCGAGACAAAUUGGCGGCAGAAAGACUGGAGGAUCUCAAGGCUGCCCUUAUCUGGCUUCUCGUGAGAAGGCAAAUGGGUUUGCUGAUUCAACCUCCGCUCAUGAAGACUAUACGCCGACAUGGGAAGAUGACGUUAUUCCUCUCAUUAAAUCCCCCCAUUGGGUUCAAGGUGAUCCAGCCAAGAAAGGAGCGAGCUGGAUCAAAGCGAUGAGGUAUUGGGGUGCAAACCACUGGAGUCUCGAUUCCUAUGAUGACGUGAAACAGAGAAUCGUCAGCAUCUAUCAUCAUCUCCGAUCGGAGUCAAUGCCAGUCACCAAUGAUCCCCAAGACUACUGGCCAGAGAGCGCACUCGAGGUGUUGCGAAAGUGGGCCAACGGGGGCUUUCCAAAGACCAAAUCCGAUGUUCCAGUACCCAAGUUGAUCAUUCCUAAGCCUGUGGAGCCGCGAAAGACGUACAAAGUCAGAGAAGACAUCAUGAGUCUGUCAAAGGACAGACUCGCCGAGUAUCAGGCCCAGCUGGAUGACGUGCUUAAGGUGGGCGUACUGGGUUCGAAGUGGCAGGAACUCGGACUGCUGCAUGCUGAAUGGUGUUUGCACUACCAAGAAGCCACCUUUCUGUGGCAUAGAGCUUUCCUCCGUUACGUAGAACAGCUCAUAGGCUUCCCAAUCCCCUACUGGAACGGUUACUCUGUUGGCUCUGCCAAAUCGGAUUCCCCUCAUGCAGGAAUCCCGCCAUGCUUCUUUGAAGACACCUACGUCCAUCCCAAAGACGGUAGUAUCCGCCCCAAUCCCCUCAAGUAUGCCCUGUCUCUGGAUGGAAAGUCUGCCGACGGAACGAGUCAGUAUGUGACUCGAGACAAGGUCCUGGCAGAGGGACCUUCUUCAGCCAAAUGGACCGCCAAGAUAUGCAUGAUGAAGCUGUAUCAUGAGCAGAUCACAAAUGCGUUGAAACAGUCAACCUUUACCUCGUCGGAAACCGAGGAGCACUUAGGCAUUCCCUGGGCCAAUAUCCAGACUUUCUCGGAGAACCAGCGCGAUGAAUUAUAUCCCCAUCGCUUCAACUUUGACGGGCUAUUCGAGCAGGUCCACGACAACUUUCACGGCUGGACAGGACCUGAUAUGGCUGACAAUACAUACACGGCUUUCGACCCUAUCUUCUUGUCCUAUCACGCCAACAUGGAUCGCUUGGCGGGCAUGUUCAUGGAAUCCCAUCCCGAGAAUCACUUCACUUCCAAUUUCCCUCUUCAGCCGUUCAUCGACAAUGGCACGAACAUCAGCUACGACGAUCCGCGUCGCUGGAUAUACACGACUAUCGGGGACAUGGCAAAGGAUACACGGGCUCUGGGAUACAUGUACGGAUUGCCCGUCAGCCCAGACGUCUACAGACCGCCGUCCAUCAUCGAACGCGGAGUGCGUAAUUUGCGUCCUUCUGGUGGCCGUGCCGUCUAUAUUCCAAAGGGCGUCAAGAUCAGCGGAAAGGGCGACGGCGUAAAAUCUGAAACCAACGGUGUUAAAGCUUCCAACGCAGAGCCUGUCGCCAAGAUCCCCUUCGUGGUAUUUACUGGCGUCGGCUGUACGGCCUCGAGUUACCGCAUCGACGUCUUCGCCCCCGAUGCACAGACCUUGACUCCCCAUGUUCCGGAUAACCCAGAUUUCAUUGGCCAAGUCACACGCCUGGGAAUGGGGCCUGGACGAGCGGGAGUCGGACUGCAGAACUCUGGUCGAUGCCGUAAACCUGCAGCGUCGCGGGUUUUGAACGCGGAGAAGUUUGCGGACCGACUGUCUGCAGAGGAUCGAGUGCAAAUCGUUGUGACGGAUCUGCAGGACGGGAGGCAGUUGACGGAAGAGGAGUAUAAGGAGUUACCUGGAUUUCAGCCAGAGAUUAUAUGGCUGCCAAAGGCUUAG